ACCUCUCAAGGAGCAGCACCAGCCUGGUCAUGGCGUACGCACGAGGGACCCACCCGGACACUACAGGGGGCAUGGCUAACCCACCUCUGACCAGCUGCUCGGACACAGUGGUCAAGCGCCUGUUGUGGUGGGCCAAGGAGGAGGCUGACGAUCCAGACGCCUUCAUCCAGGUCAGCUCUGGGCCCGACAAGAAGAAGCUCUCGAAAGUGGAGCUUUUACAGAUGGCGUCGAAAUUUUCCCACAUGUUGAAGAAAAGCGGCCUCGCCUUCGAGACGAUCGCCAACUCCCUCCCCAACAGCCUGGAGCGUGUCGUGACAGACUUAGGUAUCAUCCUGGCCGGGGGUACUGUCAUGAACACACACCCCGCGGAGACCAACCCAGACGGCUACUACUCGCUACUCAAGCAGUCAGAAGCCAAAGCUGUCAUCGUUUACCCGAGAAAGGACUCCAAGGAAUGGUCUCUGAUUGAGAAGAAUAUCGGAAGCAAGCCUGUGGUACAUGGCGUCGUCUACGAGUAUAAUUGUGACGAAGCUCCGGAGGUUAGGAAAAUAAUCGUAGUUUCCAGACUAGAUGUAUGGCAAGAUAAACAUUUGGAAGAUACGCCUGCGUUUAUGACCAAAGUUGAAAAACUCGAGUACACUUUUGUCAAUACGGAGGUUGCUGCCGACCAACUCGCGUACAUUUUCACAACAAGGGGCAACAACACUGGUAAGAAAAAGCUGGUACCCCGGUCGCAUAGCUCCCUCAUAUCAUUGGGACAUUCUUUUUGUGGUCUGACUAAUUUUAAAAAGGAGUAUCUCUCUUAUUUCAACAGCUCUCCUUUUGGUUCAAUGAGCGGUUUUCCCUAUCCAUUCUUUAUUUAUGGAUUGUCUGUGACUUUUAUCGACGAGACAGAGUCUAAAGAAGACCAAGAGAAAGCGUUUCUUCGAUACUGGAAGAGCAUUUGUAACAAACGAAUGACUCUUCCGUUCCCGCCAAAUUUCUUGGCAGAGACGGUAAGCCGGAACCCAAACGCCUACCUUGGUACCCACGAGAGUAUGGUGACCGGCUUCAGCCUGACGACCUGGCAAUCCCUAAAACUUCUGGGCACCUCGUGGGGCGGGAUCCUGUACGUGUACCAGACGGCGGAGACAGGAAUAAUCUCCAAACAGAUCUUCUUCGACGCUCUAUUGUACAAUGACGGUGAUUGUGGCGUCCCGGAAACCGGAGUCCAAAUCCGGAUCACAGACAGCCAAGGACUGACCAUCGGCCCAGAGCAAGUGGGCCACAUUGAAGUAAAGUCCCCGAAUUUCUACGACGGUAAACUGAAAAGUAUCGAGAAAGAACGAGAAGAGAGCCUCACCGCAGACGGCUGGUUCCGUACCAACGAUCUCGGGUACCUCUCCAGGAUGGGCAGGCUCAUAUUCAAGGCCCGCAAGUGUGACGUCAUCUUCCACAACUCGGUCAUCGUGUACCCGCGCCUGGUCGAGAUGGCCAUCAAACAGUGUGCCGGCGUCCUGCAUGCAGUGGCCGUCCCCGUUCCUAACCGGACCAGUUACCAGGACAUCUGCGCCUUCGUCGUACCCCACUCGGAGAACCCAGCGACAUCCGCGGACGUGUUGAAGUUUAUGAGGAGAUUCUCCACCGACCCAGACAGAGGGGAGAUGCCUGUGCCGCAGCACGUUCUGAUCAUGGCUGGGCUGCCCAAAGACAGGGAUAAUCAUGACGAGUUUGAUAGAAGGCUGUUGAAAAAAUGGGCCUUGGAUCACUUUCUCACUAAAGAAAGGUCUGCCAACGUGCCUGUUAUUAUCUAGUUUGUAUUGGAAUGUUGGUUAUGUGUCUAUGGGCACUCAGGCAGUUCUGAGAUAGACGGGCCUCUCAUAUCUUUACCCUGUAUUGUCAGCGUAAUUCCAUAAACGUCUAAGUCAUUUUUCGAAGGUUUGGAGAAAUUACUGAUAAAGAGGGCGCACAAAUCUUAACGAUGACUUGGACAAUCAUUAGGUUUCAAUUUUCAAAAAAAAGUCUAGGAAUGGUGAAUGAGAAAAACCAAACCACAUUGCACGCUGCUCCUUGAUGUCUUAUUUUGAAUAACGGCUAUAUCAGAAAUCCCCCACCCCUUUUCCAUUUCCAGGAAACGAUGCAAGCGAUUGUGGAAUGACACUGACGAUAUUUCUUUAUCUAUUUGCUUAUUUAUUUAUUUAUUUAUUUUUGUCCUUUACCCAUGUCUAUUAGAUUGGCGCCAUUUUAUUAAUUUAAAAAGUGCGUAAGAUAGUGUUCAGUAGUGUAUUACGUACAUAAAUAUUAAAAGAUGUAAUUGUUACAGAUAUAGAUUCUUUAAUAGUCGUAUGCCCCGGAAUUGAGAGCAAUGAUGAAUUUAGAUAAGAUGAUGGUGGUAAGUGAUGAUGUGAGAUGGUGUUUAUGUAAAUAAUCGUUGAUGAGAUAUGCGUUCACUCACUGCCAGUUGAGGUUUUUAUGUUCACGAUAUUGAUUCAAGUUGUCGAAACUUUUGUAGAUCUAGUAACAUACGAUCAGGCGUAUACUCGUAACAUCAGUCAUUGUCCGCAGUAUUUCACUACCAGGCCGUGGGUCAACACUAUUGUCAAGAACUAUUUCACAAUCUUGUUAAACAUUCAGUGGUUGUAUUUCGUCUUCUAUUCUCUCCCCCCCCCUCCUCUCUCUCUCUCUCUCUCUCUCUCUCUCUCU